AUGAUUAAAAGCAUAUCUAUAAUAGGAACAGCUGGUAGAGAUAAAGAAAAACCACUUUCAAGUCUUCAUUUUAACUUUAUGUGCGAAACUUUAUUUUCUUUUCUUAAAGAAAAACAGUUAGAUAUAAAAGAUAUUAUGUUAGUUAGUGGAGGUGCUGCUUGGGCUGAUCAUGUAGCUGUAGAUACUUUUUUAAAAUAUCCUGAAGGUAAAUUAACAUUGUACCUUCCUUGUGAUAUUGUCAAAUCUUCAAACCAAAUUAAUUACCAAUAUAUUGAUACUGGUGGUUUUGAUUGGAAGAAUAACCCUGGAAGAACUUCAAAUAUAUACCACAGAGCAUUUCAAAAAGAAAUGGGUAGAAAUUCAAUUGACGAAAUAAUGAAGGCAAAAGAAAUUGGUGCUAUCAUCGACACUUCAUCAAAGGGUUUUCAUGAUAGAAAUACAAAAGUAUCAAAAUCAGAUUGCAUCAUCGCUUUUACUUUUGGUGAUGGAAAUGAACCAGAAAAAGGGGGUACAUUAGACACUUGGAAAAAAUCAAAAUCAAAAAAUAAAUUUCAUUUUACAAUCCCAUCAAAUUUUUCUCAAAUCACCCAUAACCCAGUUUUAUCAAAACGAAAUUUUUUUCAAUUAAUAAAAGAUGAGAAUAAUAAUAACAAUAAUGAAAUAGAUAAUAAUAAUAAUAAUAAUAAUAAUAAUAAUAAUAAUAAUAAUCAAUUAGAUAUAAAAAAUCAAAGUGAAGUUAAAGAUCACCAAGAAUCACACACUCCUAAAAAAAUAAAAAGAGAAAUUAAAAUUUAUGAUUUUUUUGUAAAAAAAAAUUAA